UGGGACCGAUUAAUGGUCUUGCAGAGUUUACAUUUCAGUGUUUCACUGGAGAUAGUGUAGGACCAUAUACCCUAUGAAGGUUUAGGGUGCAGGACCAUAUGCACUGAUUUUGUAGUGCAGGACCACAUGCACUUUCUUGUUGAUCACGAUGCAGGGCCAUAUGCAUCUGUCGUAGUUUGUUGUUAUACUUUGCACUAAAUGAAAAUGAUAUCGUGCAUUAAUUGCCUGUCUUCCUAAUUACACAUGAGUUGAACUUUCUCUUCUGGAAUGAAUGAAUGUUAUAAAGACAUUUCCUUCAAUCUUUUAUAUUUUUAUAUAUACAGUUUAUUUGCAUCAGACAAACGGUCAUUUCCUGGCUGUGUAUUGAUCCUGUGCAACACCCAAAGUUAAAGACUUUAUGUCAUUGUCUCAAGAAUCUAAAUGCAUAAUUUUGUGAUUGCAGUAACAUGUUUCAAUAUGCUGAAUUAGAUCAAAACACUGUGUGAAGAAAAGUGUAAUGUUGAUGCACUGAAUAAUUACACUUUUAUUUUCCCCCAGGACUAAACCAUGCCACCAAAACGACAGCAGAGGCAGUCCAAGAACCCAACAAAUAGGUUGAAAACGGCCACUGCCCAGGCUGAAGAGGUUUCAACACCUGUAAACAAUGUCCAAACUGAUUACAACAAACUAGCACAAGCGAUGAUGGACAUUUCAAAACAACAGCCAGAUAAUUUGUACAUUGAAGCUGAAGCCACAACCUCGGGCAACCAAACGCCCACAACUGGGGACACGGCAUCAACAUCACAACGCAAUGUGCCAGCACCCACUUCAAGUCUGGGGGAAAUUUUGGAUCAAGUUUUCCUUGGGGACCAAUCUUCUCACAAGGACUUCAGUCCUUUAAGUAAGACAAUUUCUCUUACAGAUGGCAUCCCACUGGGUUCCAUUGUUUCACAAAAGACCAAAACAAAGAUUUGGAACCAUGAAUUUGUAGAUUUCAGGUCUUUACUUAGUGUCAAUUUCAACCGGGGUGAUAAAUGUCCAAGAGGGUCCAAAAUAUAAAUUCCCAAUCACUAUUACUCAAUGGACAGAUGCAUUUUAAUAUUCGCAUCUACCUACAUUGAGAAAUAUCCUCAAGAUGCACCCCAUCUCUUUAAGUACUGCCAUAUGGUUAGAGAGAUUCAUCAAUUACAUGGGGAGAAUGCCUUCAGGGCGUAUGAUGAACACUUCCGAAAACUUCGUGAAUCUGUUGUUGCACCAUGGUAAAUCCCAGUCCAGGAAUUAAGACUUAAAGCUAUAACCAUUCUAAAGGCAUAUCAAAACAAGACCGCACUGAAUCAGCCCUUUCGAGUUAGAUACUGUUUUCAGUUUAACAAAGGGGAACGCUGCACACGCAACUCUUUUCAUUUCCGACAUAACUGCAUGCAGUGCAAAGGCAACCACCCCAAAGUCAGAUGUCACAAUUCUUUCAAAACAAACUCAAACCUCGAAUCUUACAACGCCAGUCAGGAUAAAUAAACUUGUUCAUUUACUUCAGGGCUAUGAUCAAGAAAAAUUAAAAGUUAUUUCAGAGAGUUUUUUUUUUUUUUUUUUUUUACAUGGUUUUAAGUUGGGUUGUACUGUAGCACCUAAGACAAAAAUUUCAAACAAGAGGCCCAUGGGCCACAUCGUUCACCUGAGUCACCUCAGCCCAUAUCUGACGACUUUCCAUAUAUAUUUGAAUGUAAAACCUUAGUCCCUAUUAUGGCCCAAACUACCCUUUGCAAACUUGAAUCUACACCAUGUCAGAAAUCUUUCAUGUAAAUGUCAACUUCUUUGGCCCAAUGGUUCUUGAGAAGAAGAUUUUUAAAGCUUUUUCCUAUAUUUGUAUGUAAAACUUUGACACCCCCCCCCCUACUUGUGGCCCCACCUUACCCCACGGGGGCCAUGAUUUGAACAAACUUGAAUCUGCACUAUGUCAGAAAGUUUUCUUGUAAAUAUCAGCUUUUCUGACUCAGUGGUUAUUGAGAUAAAGAUUUUAACUAUAUAUUUGUGUGUAAAACUUUGAUCCCCCUUGGACCCCAUCCUACCCCCGGGGGCCAUGAUUUGAAUAAACUGUAUUAUGUCAAAAUGUUUUCAUGUAAAAAUCAGCUUUUCUGGCUCAGUGGUUCUUGUGAAGAAGAUUUUUCCUAUAUAUUUGUAUGUAAAACUUUGAUCCCCUAUUGUGGCCCCAUCCAACCCCCGGGGCCCAUGAUUUGAACAAACUUGAAUCUGCAUUAAGUCAGGAAGCUUUCAUGUAAAUCUCAGCUUUUCUGGCUUAGUGGUUCUUAAGAAGAUUUUUAAAGUUUUUCCCUAUAUAUUUGUGUGCAAAACUUUGAUCCCCCCUUGGGGCCCCAUCCUAUCCCCGGGGACCAUAAUUUGAACAAACCUGAAUCUGCACUAUGUCAGAAAGUUUUCAUGUAAAAAUCAGCAUUUUUGACUCAGUGGUUCUUGAGAAGAAGAUUUUUCCUACAUAUUUGUAUGUAAAACUUUGAUCCCCUAUUGUGGCCCCAUCCAACCCCCGGGGCCCAUGAUUUGAACAAACUUGAAUCUGCAGUAUGUUAGGAAGCUUUCAUGUAAAUCUCAGCUUUUCUGGCUUAGUGGUUCUUAAGAAGAUUUUUAAAGUUUUUCCCUAUAUAUUUGUGUGCAAAACUUUGAUCCCCCCCCCUUGGGGCCCCAUCCUAUCCCCGGGGGCCAUAACCUGAAUCUGCACUAUGACAGAAAGUUUUCAUGUAAAAAUCAGCUUUUCUGACUCGGUGGUUCUUGAGAAGAAGAUUUUUCCUAUAUAUUUGUAUGUAAAACUUUGAUCCCCUAUUCGGGGCCCAUGAUUUGAACAAACUUGAAUCUGCAUUAUGUCAGGAAGCUUUCAUGUAAAUCUCAGCUUUUCUGGCUUAGUGGUUCUUGAGAAGAAGAUUUUUAAAGUUUUUCCCUAUAUGUUUGUGUGUAAAACUUUGAUCCCCCCUUGGAGCCCCAUCUUAUCCCCGGAGGCCACGAUUUGAACAAACUUGAAUCUGCAAUGUCAGGAAGCUUUCAGGUGAAUGUCAGCUCUUCUGGCCCAGUGGUUCUUGAGAAGAUUUUUAAUUGACCCCACCCUAUUUUUUUGCAUUUUUGUGAUUAUCUCCCUUUGAAAGGGAUAUGGACCUUCAUUUGAAGAAACUUGAAAGCCCUUCACCCAAGGAUGCUUUUAGCCAUGUAUGGUUGAAAUUGGCCAAGUGGUUCUGGAGAAGAAGAUGAAAAUGUGAAAAGUUUACAGACAGACAGACAGACGGACGCCAGACAAAAUGUGAUCCAGAAAAGCUCACUUGAGCCUUCGGCUCAGGUGAGCUAAAAACCAUAGAAGCGCUUUAGAUCAUCCUGAAGUUAUUGAUCAAUUUAUAAGGCUAGGGAAAGAAAAACGUAGAAUUGCAGGCCCUUUCAAAGAUCCAUCCUUACUAAAUUUCAUUUCCUCUCCUUUGGGAGUUGUUCCAAAAACAGACCCGGGUAAAUUUAGAGUAAUUCAUGACCUUUCCUUCCCUAAAUCUGAAUCGGUGAACCUUGGUAUACCUGUAGAUAAUUCAAGGGUACAGUACGACUCUAUUGACACCAUAACUCAACUCCUUCGGAAAUUUGGUAAGGGGGCAUUAAUGGCAAAAGCGGACAUUGAGGAUGCAUUCCGUAUCGUACCCAUACAUCCAUAUGACUAUAGACUGUUAGGUUUUUCCUGGGAUGGUCAAUUUUAUUACGAUAAAUGUUUACCUAUGGGGGCCAGUAGUUCUUGCCAGAUUUUUUUUUUUUAGUGUUUUAGUACAAGUUCGCAGUGGGUCAUGUGCGAAAAGUAUGGGGCACCUGGCAUGUCACAUAUGUUAGAUGAUUUUUUCUUCAUAGGUCCACACCACUCUUACGCUUGCCAGGUUCCAUUACAAAACUUCCUAAGUAUUUGUCAAGAUUCGGGGAUACCUAUAAAAUCAGGAAAAAAAACAACCUGAAGGUCCAACAACUACAUUGACAAUUUAUGGCAUUGAGGUUGACUCUCUUGACAUGGUUUGUAGGUUGCCAGAGAAAAAAACUUGUGAAAGUAAGAUUUAAGUUACAGGAAGCUAAAAAUAGGAAGAAAAUUAUGCUUAGAGAUUUACAGUCUUUAAUUGGGCUGCUAAACUUUGCAUGUCUUGUAGUUGUCCCUGGGAGGGCCUUCUUGCGUCGCCUCAUUGAUUUAACUUGUGGAAUCAACCAAUCCCAUUUCUUUGUACGGCUAACUUGGGAGGCUAGAGCUGACUUAAAAAUGUGGUCUCAUUUUAUAGAUAAUUUUAAUGGGAAAUCUGUCAUCUUACCAGAUAUUUGGGCAUCUGCUGAAAAGGAAUUGCAUCAGGUUCAUUAGGUUGUGCAGCUACCGUAGGUAGAAAACUGGUUUGCCCUGGGUUGGGAUAGAAUCAAUGGCAUGUCUCAACAAAAAAUAGCAAUAAAAGAGAUGUUCCCAAUUGUAUUAGCCCUAGAAAUUUGGGGGUCAUACCUUGCUGAUAAAAUAAUAUCAUUCAUGUCAGAUAAUUUAGCUGUUGUGCAUGCCAUAAACAAGCAAACUUGCAAGAAAAAAACACUCAUGAAGUUGGUUAGGAGAUUAGUUCUAGUGACCCUCUCUCAGAACAUACUUUUCAAAGCAAAACACAUCCCGGGGAAAAGUAAUACUUUAGCUGAUCACCUUUCUCGAUUUAAAUUCCAGGAGGCCUUCAGGAUAGCACCCCAUCUGAAUCCCACUCAAACAGUAGUGUCCAAGGAUCUUUUGUUGAUUUAAGUCCAGUCAGUAGGCAGUUGCUGACUGCAUCACUUUCAACAUCCAAAGCCUUAGCAUAUCGUAAGAGUUGGCAAUAUCUGCUGGCAUGAAAGCCAGCACUUUCACUUCCAGUAACUGAUGUAUGCAACUUCAUUGGUGUUUUGUUUUCAAAUAACUACUCCCCCAGUACUAUCUUAUCUCAUAUGUCUGCUAUUAGUUUUGUACAUAAGGUAUGUAAUGUGCCGGAUCCAACUCAAACAUCUGUGGUCAAGAAAAUACUAAAAGGCUGCCAAACAUUAGGCCCAAGGAAAGAUGCCCGCUUACCAAUAACUGCCCCUAUUCUUCAGAAAUUGGUAGAUGCCCUUGACCACAUAGUCAAGCUUUACUCUGUGAAAGUAUUAUUGCGUGCUGUUUUUCUGAUAGCUUUCCAUGCAUUUCUAAGGUUAGGGGAACUUACAGUCAAAUCUGCUAAGUGCAGCAGUAAAGUUUUACAAAAGGAAGACAUUACAUUUGAACACAAAUCAACUACAUUAGUAGGAGUUCAAAUUAUAAUGCGAGAAUACAAAACAAAUAAACACCAUCAACCCUUAGUGCUCUACCUGCAGCCAAGCCCAAAAUAUUGUCCAGUGCAAGCUUUGUUUAAUUAUGUACAACUUUUUAACCACAAGAAGGGACCGUUGUUUCAAAUAAUGAGUGGUUCACCAGUGCCUUAUUCGUUGGUGUCUUCACAUUUGAAGUGCACAGUGCAGUUCAUUGGGUUAAAUUCUGAAAACUUUAAAUGCCACAGUUUUAGGAUUGGAGCUGACACUCAUGCAGCCUCUAUGGGUUAUUCAGAAAACGUUAUUCAAAAGUUAGGUAGGUGGAAUUCUGACGCUUUCCGUCGGUACAUCAGGAUCCAGUCAUUUAAACUGUAGGCUAUGUUAAGCACUCUUGUCCCUAUACUAGUCUAGAUAUUUCUAAGUGAAAUGCCUUCUUGGGUUGGGCUACAAUCAAAAUUUUUAAAUUAUAUAAAUAGGUCUACAAAUACUAGGCAGAUAACACCAUAUGCAGCUGGGACCAAGUCAGAAGUUGUCAGUUGGUCCUUGCUUGCACUAUUUGUUACAAAGUAAAACCUUGAUUAGAUUAUCCCUGGUUCCCCUUGACUGGCCAGAAGUUGUCUGCAGUUAGGUAAUGUGACACACUUUGCUGCACUGGCAAUGUUUGUGGCCACUGUUGACCGGUCAGAAGUCGUCUGCAGUCAACAGGGUCAAAGCUAUGUAAUAAAUUACCAUUUUGAUGUCUGGUUUUUAGUUGACUACAGUCCAGUAUUUUGCGUACUCUUAUAUCAUGACCAAGUAUCGCUGAUUGAUUGAUUGGAUCUUGCUUAACGUCUCGCUUGAGAAUUUUUCACUCAAAUGGAGACGUCUCCAAGACUGUUGAAGGACUUCAGAUUUAGGCCUUUGCUCAGCGCUUACGGCCAUUGAGCAGUGAUGGUUCUUUAGCGUGCCACACCUACCGUUUUUAAGGUUAUCUCCGAGGACCCGUGAUAUUCGCACCUUCUGCCGAGCGUUUGGCGAUGGAACUGUCACUAACUGUUUUAACGACUUAGGUUUGUCGCGGGCGGGGUUCGAACCCCGGGCCUUCCGCAUGCGGGGCUAAUGUUCUAGCCUCUCGGCGGUUUGGGAAGUAUGCAAGUCAUGAAAAAAAAGCUUCGGCGAUAUUUCACCACCGGUAUAAUGUCCCUUUAAAAGAGAGGAUCCCAGUUAGAAUGGACCCUUGGUACCCCUUGCUUGUCGUAAGAGGUGACUGAAGGGGCGGUCCUUCGGACAACACCGCUAAAACCGACGUCCCGUGUCACAGCAAGUGUGGCACGAUAAAGAUCCCUUCUUGCUCAAUGGUUACAAGUGCCGAGCAUAGGCCUAAAUUUUGCAGUCUCCAUAUGAGUGAAAGAUACUCGAGAGGGGCGUUAAACAAGCUGAAUACUGACCAUACAUCCCUGACAUAAUGAAAGGUGGAGAUAACAAUGAUCAAUCUCGUAACACUAAAAGCAAGUUAGGCAAACAGGGACCUCUUAGACACACCAGAGGUGGGAUGAUGUGCCUAGGAGGUGUAGCGAUCCCUUGUCGAUCGGGCUCACAGCGCCAUAUUGAACAGGUAAACAGAAUUAUUCGCAGUCAAAUCCCAUCAUUACCUGUGAAAGCUUGCUUUCCAAAUGACUAUUGACUAAGGCAAUUUUGUGAACAACCGACUAUUACAAGUACGAAUUAACAAAUUCAUUUGAUCUUGAGAUAUGUUAAGUCAAUCAUACAUAGAACUACAAGUCCGAAGCUGCGACGCCGUUUUUGAAGUCAAUUUCGGAGACAAAAAUCCAUUAAAGGAUCUUAAUAUCCUAGAUAAUGUCAGUCCUGAUUGAUGCUUUACAUAACACCUUUUAAACGGAUGUCCCUUGUCACAGGUGGUGUGGCACGCUACAAAAUUAGCCGUAAGCGCCAUGCAUAGGCCCUUAACCAGUCUUGGUGAUGUCUCCUUAUGAGUAAAGAAUUUUUGACUAGGUACAAUCAAUCAAUCAACCUAACAUUAAAAGUAUUCGGGAAUUUAUGAGACUGGUCGUGAUCUUAACCCUUUCAUUUAUCUAUUUAAUAGACAGACCAGACAACUAAAAGUACGAGUUAACAAACUGAUUUGAUCUUGUGAUAUAUUAAGUCGAUCAAUGAAUACAUAGCAUAUUUAAAAAACGGUCCGCUGUUACUGAUCGAUCUCACAAUGUUCACCGUUAGGAUAUUUCAGUAUUACAUCGUAUUUAAUGUUUAUGUGUUGAUUUUAUGAGGAGUACAUACCCCAUCCAAAUUGUGCUGUAUCUAGUUAAUUAACCCCAAUUAGAGAUAUAAUGAAUAUAUAAUAAUCAGACUAUCUUAUGUACGUGUUAUCAAUUUGAUUCUUUGUCGUGAAUUAUUAAAUCGAUCAUAUUCAAUUUCUAUUUAGUUGUAGAAGUUGAUUGAUUGACUAUUGUUUUACGGCCCUCUCGAGUAUAUUUCACUCGUAUGGAGACGUCACCACUGCCGGUGAAGGGCUGCAAACCGUAAGUGUGAUAAUUUAGCUGAAUGAUGAACUUCACAUGGGUGAUGGACGGAACUUUCGUAACACUCUUCAAUGACUACAGUACUUGGGACAUGUAAAAGUUCCAAUGCAAAAAUUUAAUUGUAACUUUCCACCAUCUGUCUUCUAUGUUGCACGUUCAAGUGUUCCGUAGUGGUGAUAAGGCUACUGUAUGAGUGGAAGACUAUUCCCUUUGAUACAUACUGUUCAACACAUGUGCAAUGUUACAUAUUUCAGUAAUUACCAAUCGGAAUGUCGAGAAGUCCCUCCAAAGACUGUAAAUCUAGCUGGGCUGGCAGAAUUGGGUACUGGAUGACAUAUUCUACCCCCCCCCCCCCCCCCGAACGAAGUUCUGGGGGAGGGGGGGGGGGGUAUAUCGGAAUCACUCUCUCCGUCUUGUCUGUCUCCAGAUUCGUGUCCGGGCCAUAACUUCUUUGUCUUUUGACAUACGCAUACCAUAUUUGGCACACAGGUGGAUCACCAUGAGACAAUGUGUCGGGUAACUUUAUGACCUUCAUAUGACCUUGACCUCAAGGUCAAAAUUAAAGGUUUUUGCAAUGAAUUCGUGUCAGGGCCAUAACUUCUUUGUUCUUUGACAUAGACAUACCGUAUUUGACACAUGAGUGUAUCACCAUGAGACGAUGUGUCAUAUACCUUAAUGACCUCCAUAUGACCUUGACCUCCAUGUCAAAGUUAAACGUUUUUACAAUGGAUUCGUGUCAGGGCCAUGACUUGUUCUUUGAUAUAGGCAUACCAUAUUUGACACAUGAGUGUAUCACCAUGAGACCAUGUGUCCGGUACCUACAUUACCUCUAUAUGACCUUGAGCUUUGACCUCAAGGUCAAAAUUAAUUACAGGGUUAAAACAUAGAAUACUAUAAGACAUGGGCGUAUCGUCAUGAGACUAUGUGUCAUGCAAUCUCUACCCAGAGUUAUCGUUCCCGCUACGCUCCACUAAUACCUCUGUCAACGUCUAAAAAGUUGUAUCAAAAUGUACAAAAACUAACUUAGCAUAUCGAACUGUAAUGAUAAUAUCUGAGCAAAUCAAACACUUCUCUGAAUUUUUAAAAAUCAGAAGAUGGUAAAUAUGAGACACCUGAGCGAAUUAGAAGGUUUAUAUAAAUAUUCAUUCAUUCAAUAAUACUAGUAUAAUCAUGGAAUUCGUUGUUUUUGUGAACCUACUUUAAGAUUUAAAGCAUAAAACUUAAACUUAUAAAAUUAUUAUCCAUGAUGCUAUAGGUAUAGGUAAGUUUUGCCAAGAAUCUUGACAUUUAGACGUUGACAGGUGUUGUAGCGCAGCGUAAUACGCCCUCUGGUGAGAGAUUGUGUGUCAUGUACAUUCAUGACCUUGACCUUUGCUCUCAAGGUCAAAAUUACAGGUUUACCAUAUAUUUGUGUUCGGACUAUAUCGUCCACAUUCUUCUACAAAGGGAUACUAUAUCUUUACACUGAGAAAAGAGGUAAUUUAUGCUUAUUAACAACAUCCUUUGGGAGAUUGGGGUAAGCGGGGGGUAUUCUUAGUGAGCAUUGAUACUUACCCCUACAAAGCGUAUCUGGAGAAAUUGUUGUCUUAUGCACCCAAGACUCUGGAAACCCAGAUGAGAGCCUGUAGCUUGUGGGAAAAAGAUACGGCAGGACAUAUGGAUGAGGUCAAAUUAGAAGCUCUGGCUCAAACUCCUGUGGAAUUUGCAGUAGUGAAAAACAAAGUCAACAUCGCGGCCGUCAUCCCGACUCCCGACUAUCCGGAUGAUUCCAAGAAUGUAGGGUUGAGAAAACGUCACGAGAAGAUUACAGACAGUAAGGAGAUCGUGUUGAUGGAUCGAUUACAUCUGGAUUUGUUUGAGCAAGAGAAAUGUCUCCCUAAUGGCUUGGAUGUCCGUCUCAGAUUCAAUCGCGCUCGACCCCAGUUCUACAUGAUGACUGCUGCCGGGAGUAGUGGGAAAGUGGUUAUUCAAAGUAUGAUAUUGUGGGUGAGGAAAGUCAAACCUGUGCCGAGUAUCAUUAAUCUCAUAAAUCAGCAACUGAGUACUCAAACGGCGAAAUAUCCAUUGAGACGAGUGGAAGUGAAAACCUUCACCAUUCCUAGUGGCACCCAAUCUAAAAUCACCGAUCAUCUGUUUCAAGGACAGAUGCCUAAACUGAUCGUGUUGGGCUUUGUGGACAAUGCGGCUUUUAAUGGGGAUAAUACCAGAAACCCCUUUCAUUUCCAAAAUGAGAGAGUCAAGAAAUUAGAAAUCAGUAUCAAUGGAGAAAUGAUGGAAACCCGCCCUUUGGAACCUAAUUUCACCGACGAUCAGUACCUCAGAUCGUAUUUGAGUCUGUACAAAGGCUUGGGAAAAUUAGGCCAGGACUGGGCUCCGGACAUUACCCUGGAAGAGUAUAAAAACGGUUACACCCUCUGGUGUGUGGAUUUCACGAAAGAUCAAGAAGCCCAGACGGAUAAAUUUCAUCUCAUACAGACUGGGAACUUGAGAGUGGAAGUGCAAUUUGCCGCCAACGUGGCCAGGACCUUAAACUGUGUGGUGUAUGCCGUGUUCGACAAUCUGCUAGAAAUCAACAAACAACGAGAAGUCAGUAUCGAUUACUAAGAGAGAGAGAGAGAUGGAUACUCAGCAAUUGAGAGAUGUUUUACAACGAGAUUUAGGACCGGCGUUUGCAGGUGUGUAUCCUCGAGAUGUCAUACCUGAGCUGUUACCUCAUCACAAAGCCAUCGUGGUGAAUACAGACCCUCACGAUCGCCCUGGAGCGCAUUGGGUCUGUUUGUAUUUGAGUAGCCCUACCGUCGAAUAUUUUGAUUCUUACGGAUUACCUCCCAGCCAUAAAGACAUCCAAGACUUUAUUCAACGCCACGGAGAGACUUGGAUUCAUAACACCCAUUGUUAUCAAGAUUUGAAUACGGAUGUCUGUGGACAAUACUGUGUGUAUUUUUUACAUCAACGCCAUCGACAUAGAAGCACCGUACAAGAAUGGUUACUUCCCUGGAAAGGCACGGCCUUACAACGUGAUCGUUUUGUGGCUGAUUGGUUUAAAGAGACCUUCCGAAAACCGAGAACCCAUCAAGGACAAACUUGUCAAUGUCAAAGACUGAAUGUAUUGUAAACUAUGUUGUUGUAUUGUUAUUGUUCAUAGUUGGAGUUUAAUAAAACGUUGGAAAAAAUCUUGUGGGUUUUGUUUUUUCUUGUCAUUGUAAUCAACCAUGUCUUUUCAAAAAGAAUGGGUAGCCCUGAAAAGGGCUGUUUUCUUUUUCUCUCUCUGUUCUUGGUCUUUUCUCUUCUUCUUCUUCUUCCCCUUCUCUUCUUUUCUUCUCUGUCCCCCUCACUGUCUGUUGUUCUUCUUCUUCUUCCUCUUUCUUCUCUUCUUUUUCUGCUCCUCCGGGGGUUGCUCGUGGUCAAACACAAAAACAGGUAACCCGUGUUUAUUAAAAAACAAUCUCCCCGGAGGCCGCUGCACCACUUCCAACUCUGCGUCCCAGUUUUCCUCUGGCGGGGGCAGAUCCUGGCUCAUGGGCGGUGGGGGAAGAGCCUCCCGUGAGGCCGGCGGGGUAAUCUCUCGGUCCCAAUCCUCCUCGCAUUUGAAACAAUAGUCAUUCACUGUAGGGUCUGGUCCUACUCUGCGACUCAUAUUCUCUGGUUCCUUAAAAAAUCGGAAUGCCAGAUUUUUGACGUUGCGCUCGUUUUAAAAAGGCGAGAGCGCGGACGUCCUUCAAAACAUCCCCUACCUCAGUCAAAGAUGGCUGACGUCAUGUUGAUGACUCAUAAUAAAAAAAACACUAUAUAAAUAGGUCACUUGUUACCAUUUUUCUCAAUCAUGUCGUUUGAACGGUACGUGAACGAUGAGAAAGAUGUACUAGUGUGUGGGUAUUGCCGAGGACCUUGGAGAACUUGUGGCUGUUUUCAUUAUAAAAAAGAAAACAUCCUGGCCAAACAUAAGUGGAUAGAGAGCUUGGCAGAGCUGAAUUAUUGUCCCUUUGUCUAUAAAUGUUGUGGUCACACUAGAGAACCCUGGCUAGCGUGUAAGUGUCCGCAGCAUUGUACCAUCACCCUUGAAGAAGAAAUAGCGCAUAAGGACUGUACCUGUGAGAUCUGUCAGGAGUUUAGAGAGCGCUGGACUCAGAGAAAGUUUAAACCCCACCUGUUUCAACAUUGUCCUUACAGUCAAGAACCCUGGUCAACGUGUACCUGUGAGACCUGUCAACCAGCAUGUCGGUGACGGAUCUACGAGGAGAUGUAUUAUCUCUACCUUGGGUGGAUGCUAUUGUACAACAAUGUAACUGUUUAACGGUGAAACCUCAUGGAUUAAGUCAACGUAUUGCCGACCGAUUUCCUUGGGCUAAUCUGUAUGCGACCCGACAACCUUUAGGACGGAGAAAUUUAGCUAUAGAAGCGGAUCGAGGAAUACCGGGUACUGUGUGUAUUAUGACUCAUUCUACUCAUCCUGAUGUGAUCUGUUUGUUAGCGCAAUGGGAUUACGGGAGAGGCACUCAACGGUUACCCCUGUAUGCCGAUACCCCCGAACAGCGUGAACUUUGGUUUCAACAAUGUUUACAGGAAUUAGGCACUUUGUCUUACCAGACUUUAGCGUUUCCUUAUCGUAUUGGAUGUGGAUUAGCCGGAGGCAAUUGGACUCAUUAUAGACAAUGGAUUUGUGACUUUGCUUAUCAGUAUCAUAAACAUGUUUACAUUGUCAAGAAAAUGUAACUUUAUUAUAGCUUUAUUCUAGCUAUUACUUGUAAAAAACUUUAUUCUGCCUACUAUGUGACUUGUGUUAAUAAAACUUUUUUUUUUUUUUUUUAAAAACAAAAAACUUGUGUGUUUCUUGAUUUUUGCAAUAAAAAGUGUCUUUUCAAAAAAGUUGGUGGCCCUGAAAAGGGCCGUUUGGUCCUAAGACCGACUUUCAAUGCCUGGUUCCGGUAAACCGGCAUAACGGGCACCGUCCCCGGGUGUGUCGCCGCUCCUCUAACUGUUCCACGCACGAGCAGCAAGCUGGGCGCUGCCCACAUCCCCUACACCUGAUACCGGAGUGUACCCUGUCUUGCCAGCAGACAGGGCACUUAAACCAGAUAGGAACCGCCCUAUCUGCCCAGCCAGGGACAGUCAUAGGGUGGUUCGUCGGGGGAUGAGUUGCCACCGGUGCGUGGGUUGGUCUCGGUGGCGGAGUCCUCCCUGCAAACCGGAUGGUAGGUGGUGGGGGUCUUGCAGGGGCUGCUGGUCUCGGUGGUGAUGGUGGUGCGGGGGACGGUGACCUCGGUGAGUACUCCACCGGUGACGCUGGUGAGUCGCUCAUCGGCACCGGGCUGUAUUCCUCAGGUGCUGAUGGGAUCGCUGGUGGUGGUGUUGUAGGCGUCGCCGGAGAGUAAGGUGGUGGUGGUGAGGGUGGCUGUGGGGCCCGUCGGCGCGGUCUCGUAGCCGUGGACAUUCGAGCGGUGCGGCGGCGUCCCCUCCCUUCAUACUCUGCCCGCACCCGGCAGAUGAUCUCACGGACCCCACUCUGGUCGAAAGGGGAGAAGGUGCUCAGGUCGUUCUCAGAACGCACGACCCAAUUCUCCCCUACCCGUUCCUCAGCCACCACUAAGAGCCGGUACCGAAAGCCAGGCAAGGUCUGGAAAUUGUAGAGCGGGUCUCUUCUUGCAGCCAUUCUUCUUUCUUAUAAUCAAAAGCUGUGCUGGAUCACCAGUGAAGCGAACUGGCGAGCGCGCUGGUAUAUAUCAGGAAAGCGCGGACCUCCUCGAAAACAUCCCUCGCUUCGGAGACGAAGCCAAGAUGGUGGCCAUCAAAAUGGCGGAUUUGUGCUUUCGAGUAGAGAGUUUUUUCUCAUUGUCUUUUUCUAGACAUUCGAUAUCUGUGCAUGGUAGAUUUAAUCUGAUAGAUUCUGGGGCGCGGAAUUCGUUAAACUUAUUUUUAUUUUGCUACGUCGCAUAGUUUUCAAAGAAACAGAGGUUAAAGAGGUCGAGUCGAGGUUCAAUGUUUCUUCACCACCUCUUUAAAAAUUUAUUUCUCGACCAUGUACAUCCCUAAAAACAUCUCAUAAGGUCUAUUCGAUAGAAAACACCUUAUUUGAUUCGAUUUUCACUCUACCUUUAGGAUUUUCUGGAUUCCUCAACAAAUAAACCCUUCUCUGAGAGACUCAACCAAACACAGCUUUCGUGUAAACAAUUUUAUUCAUGUCACAUAUUUCAAAUACAUAACUCCCACACACAACACCAAUUCACAUGUCUUUUUAAAAUAGGGUCCAACAUUUUUUCCAUUUCUCGAAUCCUGCGUUGAAAUCGAUAUCGAUCAGCGGCUACAGUCAUCCAGAUACUUGUCCGGUCUUCUUCGGGUAACGGAUACACUUCAUUAUUGUCCAGAUUAAAAGUCACACGUUUAACUUGACGUACAUCUCUCGAAGACAUCGUAGUCUGAUUUUCUCAAUUUCUGCUCUGUCUGUGGGUCGAAUUCGUUUCAAUUCCUGGCCCAUUAAAUGAAUCAAUACUAAGGCUUGCGGGGUGAUCCGGUUCUCGAUCAAAUACUGACAGAGACAUGGAUAGUAUUUUAAGCUGAUGGGAAAUAAUUCUUCUCGCAGAUAGUGUAACACAAAUUCAAACUGCCAAGAAUGAAUGUCUGUGAGAUAAUCCAAUACAUAAACUAUCGCUUUCUCUGUGAUGUGGUCACUGCUGGCCAUCCUCCAGGAAUAAAGGAAAAGAAAACGGUUAGGUUUUUUUGUACACCUUUUCCAACCAGUGAUCGGUAAUCGUUACAAUCCUAGCAGUCAUGAUUUCAUAAAUGAAAUGAAUUAAGUUCUUCACACUUUAUGUAUACUUCUCGAAGCCAGUCCUUGGUGAUACUUUCAAUCUCGACGGUUUUUUCAGGCAUGCGUUUCUUGAAUUCCUCCCCCACAACAUAAAUUAACAUCAAUCCCGCAUCGUUAUAGAGAUUGAUGUACACCCGGUUCCGUAGAUCUGUAUAUUGGUCCAGAGUCAAUGGAAACACUCCCCCUAUCAGAAAUUUUUUAGCGAAUUGAAACACCGUAUCGUCUUGCAUUUUCUCGACCCAUUCUAAUGCAUGGUUAUGCGCUUUUUCUGCGAUGUUGUCACUUUCAGCCAUGGUUUGUAAAUGACUAAAAUGAAUACAAGUAUCCGCUUUUUCUACGAUGUGGUCACUGCUGGCCAUCCUCCAGGAAUAAAGGAAAAGAAAACGGUUAGGUUUUUUUUAUACACCUUUUCCAGCCAGUGAUCGGUAAUCGCUACAAUCGCCCCAGUCUUCUCAGGUUCCCGUCGUCUAAAUUCUUGCUCCAUGGUAUAAAUCAUGAUCAAUCCAGACUCUCUGUUCAGGUUGUCGGCUAUAUGCUUGCAAACGCCGGAAUAUUCAUAUAAGGUCAUAGGAAAUUCCCAAAAGAUCAACAACUUCAUGGCGAAUUUAUAUCUCAACGGCUGUUUUUCUUUCCAGUCCUUGAUACACUGUAAUGCAGCGCUACGAGCGUUGUUCACCGAUUCUUUGUAGUCCUUGAAAUACUGUAAUACAGCGGUAAGAACGUUGUUGGUCAAUUCAGCCAUGAUGAUCAAAAUGAAAAAAUUCCAAAACGUUCUUGUUUUAUAACAGGACAGCCAUUCCUUUCAUACGAAUCAGUUCCACGAAUCCUUUUUGUAGACAAUCGCGUAAGAUCCGAUCAAUGUCACUCAUCUGGUCUGGAAGGUUCUGUUUCAAUUCCUCAGCAUACAAAUAAAUCAUGAGUAAACGUCCCGUAUUGGUAUUCUCCGCUAAUGAAUCAGCAAUCCGUUGAAAACUAUGUACAUUUCUGACCUCCGGCGACAUCUGUUGUACAAAUUGACGAGCAUUUUGAAUGAGAGGGUCAUGUAAGGCCACGUUCAUACAUUGUAGUACAUAGCUAUAUCCAUUCAUUCUCGUAGUAGCACUGCCGCCCAUAGUGAAUAACGAACGUUCAGAAAACACCUGUAUUUAUAGGUAAAGGUUAUGCAUCACGUGAUCAAACACCUGCACCACAUGAUCAAGCACCUGUACGUCAACUGGUUUCUACAGUCAUUCUUGUCUGACCUUCAGUCAUGGAUACACGGAGAGUUUUAAGAGCGAGACGCCGCCGCCAGGGAAUACAACAAGUGGAGAAUUUAACCAUAGUAGAAGAUUAUGUAGACGAGAUGGAGAUCUGGGACAAUUUAGUACAGAGAUGUCGCCAUCGAUUACGCUGGGGCCGAUCUAAAAAUUGGUGUUUUGACUAUGUAUUGCGGUCACAUGAAACAGUGGAGGAUAUUUGGCUGCGUUUAAGUGACAUGUACCUGAAAAAUUCCCCCCUCAUACAGUACAUGAUUUACCAGUUUUACACGUUAUUGAACGGCACUCAAAAAGUAUCGGGAUUUAUUCGACUGGAGAAACCACGUCACCGAAGAAGUGUAUGGGUAUUGUUUUGGGAUGCAGACUGGAUGUGGGAAACCGUCGAAGAGAUACGUUUCCCCGGGAGAAGAGCUCGACAAUUAGUACAGCACAUUAUAUCCGAAGAUCAUGACUUACACGUGUAUAUAGAAGAACCUGCGUAUGAAGCCGGCCAUUUUUAAAAAUAAAAACUUCAUGCACAGCCCUUUUUAGGGCUACUUUAAACACCAAUAUAAGUUCCAUUCCACUAAAGUCAAUGUGCACUAGCACGCGCUGGUCGCGAGAAACCGGCUUUUCAAGUUAAAUUAGUGCACUAGCACGCGCUGGUCGCGCGAUGUUCUAAAUGAAACCGGUUUUUCCAGAAAAAGAUGGUGCAACCACGUGCCCCCCACGAGACAGAAUAGUCUAGACAUUUUGCUGGCUAUAAAAGCGGAGUCCCAGUGUCAGUCCUCAUUCGAUCUUCAAUCACCUUCCAGAAGACAUGGCUCAGAAACAACUAGAAUUUGUGGACAAAGCUCAGAAGAAAAUAGAUCAGCUGGUACAGAAGGAGAUGGGACCACAGAAAGACUACAUUGAAGUGAAGAAAGCUAAGAGUGACGAUCAGAAGCCUGAACUGGGGAAGACCUCGAACUUCUUGCUCACGUCGUCUCCAGACUACAUUGCUCGAAAAGUGAAGAUGGCCCAGACCACGAGCUUCAAUCUCACGCCUUCAGACUACGUUGCUCAACAAGUGAAGAUGGGUCAGACCUCGGAUUACCUCCCUAGCCAGAAUCCGACAGACCCGGGAUUAGGCUUCUAUUUUCCCGAUUCACAGGAUGCUACGGGAUUGGAACUGGGCCUCUACAACGCUCAGAAUGAGCCUCCGACCAUGAACAAAGAAGACUUUGCGAUCAUUACCACGACACUAGACGGGAUCGUUAACCGCAUUAAUGUGCUGAGUAAUGAGAUUGGAAAUCAUACCACAGUCCUACUGAAGAAGCUGGAAGAGCUGACUUCUAAAAAACCUAGGAAGGAAUACACUCCAGAUUACACUGCUAACCCGUGCUACACGUGUGGAGAAACAGGACAUUGGUCGCCGGAUUGCCCACAGAAAACAGAUUAUCCGCAGACCAGUAAGAAAUCGAGGUCGGCAGAUUCUCAACAGACCAGCAAGAAAACCAAACAAAAGGAUCCUUGCUACAAAUGCGGAAAAAUAGGACACUGGAUUAGUGAGUGUCCAGAAGAACAACUGGAGAUAGAUGCGAUGAUUGGGCCCGUACCUGGCUCAAAACCCCCUGUGAAGAGAGAAUACAAACCGUUAGAGAAGUGGAAUCCGCCCGCACCUACUGAAGAACCGUCAAAAAAGAAGAAGAAACUCAGCAGAAAGUAAUGGACUGUGCUUGAACUGUUAUGCUUAUUGAACUGUUUUUAUGGUUAUUGAACUGUUUUGCAUUGUUCUAUGCUUGUACCAUUGUUCUUUAAUAAACAUGUCAACUUAAAACCUUGUGUUAUUCUUUAGAUACACAGGAAUACAUAGAAAUACACAGGAUUUCACUGGAUUUUAUACCGAUUUUCAGAAAAUAGCUCCAGGAACUCACCCUUUUCCAGGAACUCCAAGCGAAAGUACCGCAUAAUAGAGCUAAAAUUACACCAGCGGCAAUAGCCCAGCCUAUUAACCCGACACCCGGCCUACAACCCCUGCUGGGGUCCACAAGUUAACCCCGUCCUAGAUAUUGAACCACUCAUCGACCCCCGACACCGCUUGACCAAUCAAAAGCCGCCCUUGCUUGACCUCAUUUGCAUAAAAAGUGCACUCAGUUGAACUCCCUAUCGGGAGGGCUUAUACUACUUACAUUUUACACUUUUGAAAGUUUUCGGUGAUUGAACUUGACUCUUUUAGCAGAAGGCAUAUAUUCUUCUUGGGUUCAGCAUCCAGUCGUGGCGAAGGUCUAGUAGCAGGUAAUCUUUUUGAUUGAUUGAAUAUUAUUUAAUAUAUGAGCGAGAUAUUCUCGAUAGGGACGUCCCUAUCGAGGAUAUCUCGCUCAUAUGGAGACGCCACUGGCCACUGUCGGUGCAAAGAUGUUACUUCCCAAAAAUCAAGUUUCUUCUAAUUCACGCUCUGCAUAAUUCACAAGAGCCUCUUCCAUAUUGGUUAAGGAACUCUUCAUUAGCAAUCAUUCUGUCAGGGACAGGGAAAUAAAUGCCUUUCUUGGUUGGGGUAGGGUGCUGCAUGCUUUCUGUCAUAUUGGAGGAUGUGAAUCUGUACAACGUUCUCGCAAACGUAACGUAGAUUUCGUCUCUUACAUCGUCGUUCCAAAAGUAUUCGCGGAAAAAUGACCGACGUCAAAUGAGAGUUAUCUCGCUUCGCGUUACAAACUCGCCGUUUUGGACUAAGUAAUGAAGUACACAUACCUUUAGUAUUUUGCAAGAUGUCCCUUAGAUCGAAUGCCUGCAAUAAUUCUUCGUGGUACGGACUGAUAAAGGUUCCUAAUGUACUCCAUGUAUAAAUUAUGCCAAAUACCAAUAAUAGCUUCGAACAGCUGAUCUGGGUUAGUUAUAUCGCCAGUCCGAUUUUGUAAAUCUCUAUUUACCCGAUGCCAACAUUUUUCAAUAAUGUUUAUGUCUAGUGAUUGGGCCGGCCAAAUCAUUCCACGGAUGUUGUUUUCGUGCUUGUAUCUCUCGACAACACGGGCGCGAUGCACGGGGGCAUUGUCAUCCUGGAAGGUGUACGAAUUGUCGGGAAAAUGACAAGCAAUUACAGGCCAAAGUUGGUCAUCUAAUAUAGAAAUAUAUUUAUCGGCAUUUGUAUUGCCGUUUACCUUACACAGGGUACCAGGACUAUACCAUACCAGGUAAUACAUCCCCAGAUCAUUACCGAAACCUUGGGCUUGCAUUCGGCAAACAUGCACUCCGGUUUGUAAGCUUCAUGAGCGGAUCGCCACACAUAGACUAUUAUUCUGACCAAUAACAACUUGUGACUCGUCUCUGAGGAUAAUGUUUCGCCAAUAUUCGUUUACAGUCAUUCUCCACUUUUGCAACACCAUUCAAGUCUUUUUUCUGUUGACCUCUUUCACAACCAUGCGUUCCUGACUACUCUCAGAUAUAUCUUAUUUUAAUGUAAUAUCCGCUGCACAGUCCGCUUACUGACAUUAAUUAAAUCAUUUCUGGCAUUCAAUUCGGUUGUGACAUCCUUCAACACUUUCCCUCUGCUCCGUUUCACCAACCGCAACAACCUCGUUUUCCCACGACGGGACAACUUUUUUCGGACGACCCGUUCGUUUUGCCUUCAACAAGCUAUCCCAUUCUUGGAAAGUCUUCAACAUUGAUCUGCAAGUAGACUCAGGCACUCCUAGCAUCCUCGAAAUCUCACUGAUCUUGAAUUCAUCAUUUUAUUUCACAAUCACUUCUUGUCCGGUGACAACUAUUUUGACUUCCGACCCAACUUUGUUUACAUUACAAUUCGACAGCACAAGGUACACCUGCAGACGAUUUUUCAUACGUCACUCAUCCGGGAAUGUUUACUGAUAUCAGGGAUUGUCUCAAAGUUUACUUUUAUUACGUAUUGACUUGAGUGAAGGGCAACAACUCUCGCACCGCGACGGCCAUUUUCCGCGAAUACUUUUGGCAUGUCGCUGUAGAUGAAGCUGGCGAAGUUUGGAAACGGGUUUUAUAAUCGAGUAUGAUGUGGAGUUUCAUAAUAAAUAAUCCCAAGGCUGGAAGUCGCGAAUCCUCCAUGCAAAGGGAUUCCACGACUUGGAUACGGAUCCAACGAGUCGUCCGUCAUUAACUCCUCACGUACAGUGUAACUAUCCAUUGCAUCGUCUAAUGUAUACGGUACCAAUGUUGAUGCACCAGAUGCGCAUUUCGACAAAUAAUGUCUCUUCAGUGAUGCUCAACCGAAAUGUUUGAAAUCCGAAAUAACAAUGAAGUUUUAGAGCUAUUAUAGCCAAAAACAGCGUGCCAAAAUAAGUGGAGUCAAAUUCCUCUAAGGAUAAGAGCAUCGUGAUUUCCAUAAUAAAUGUCUUGAACUAAGACAAACCUAAGUCAUGCAUUUGUUUGCAUCUUUUCGAAGUCCUUGAACGCGCUUAUAUUCAUCUACACGUUUAUGGUCUUCUACUGUCCAUAUUUUAUCUUUAGCUCGAAAAAUGUUCAUUUUGAACACGUGGUUAGCACGAUUAAGAAGUUUUUUCAUCUUCCCCCACGCCUUUACACACAUCCCUACGAUGUAUUCAGUUUAGUGAACAAUUCUUCCUCUUAGUAAGUACAGUCUCUUACAUUUACAACAGUUCCCAGAAUUGUCGUUCUUUAAAUUUUGAUAGAUAGUUCGUCAAUACAACCUAUCACUGGGUCAAAUGCUAUCUGACGUGUUUCAUACCGAUUGUUUAAGCCGUUCUUGGCACGCUGAUUUUAACUACAGAUAAGUCCGUUUACCUGAUCGGGACAAAGGGCACAUGGUGGGUGUGACCGAUUGACAGGGGAUGCUUACUCCUCCUAGGCACCUGAUCUCACCUCUGGUGUGUCCAGGGGUCCGUGUUUGCCCAACUAUCUAUUUUGUAUUGCUUGUAGGAGUUAUGAGAUUGACCACUGUUCGUUAUCUAUACCUUUUAUAGUCCUUUUGACUAUGGCUAUCCUUGUUAAAAACUGAAUAAAACCAUCCAUUGUCUUCGUAAUUCUCUACAAAAUGAAUUAUUAAAAAUCGCACGCUGCUUGAUAUACUUGUUUAGUGAAUUAUGAAGCCUCAUUGCGAUCCAGCCUCAAGCUUCGACGCCUUUCAAUAUCACCAGCAUAGUGAAAUUAAGAUUUGUCGAAGUAACAUUUAACGCAUGGGUUGUCCUGCAUUUAGGGGUUUAAAGAAAACCCACAUACAAUCGUGCAUGGUCGUUUGUUAAGUGUGCGCUUAUAUGAAGUAGACAUUUUAAUUUAACGUAUAUUACGUUGAAUAAUUAUGACGUACUAUAUUCUAAUGUUAUGAACAAUAUCUUAAGAUCCUGAAUUGAAACCUAAUUCUUUUUAACAACUCCUCUUAUGUAAAUAUUUAAGGAAAACACACACACACACAUAUAUAUAUAUAGUACACACGGCAAAUGUAUCCCAUUUGAGUACUUUGGUCUUAUCACCACCAUCCCUUUUAACGCUGUGAUGUCUUGUCCAGACCGGGUAUUUCACACCAGUGAGUGCAGACCCCGCGUAUUAAUAGUCCGUUCAGGUUGGAGUGGUUCACACCAGUCAGUGCAGAUGUACUUAAGGCCAGAUUUUGUUUAACUAAAUUGGGGGCCUUAUUUCUCUACGAAUUGCAUAAACUUUGGCUUUAAGAGAGAGAUUCUCUACAGGAAACUGAUCCUAAGAAGACCCACCUUCAUCAACUGAAUGAACAGGAGAAAGGCAACUAUCACUGAGAAAAGAUGCCUCCUGACUACUGGGAGCCAAAGACAAGGAGUCAUCCUCCUCGUCCACUUUAUUAUCAAAAGCGGGUAGAGUGGUGACAAGAGCAGCCCCAGGAACAGUGGGGGACGUAGUUUGAUUUGCUUUCAUUCAAAUCGAGCAUACGUUCCACUGUCUUGAAUUUAGAUGAAAUGGAAGCCUCAAGUUUCUGAAUAGAAGAAACCAAAGACUUAAUCUCGUCCUUAUUAAAGGACUCAAUCAAGUUAGGUUUACUGGCAAAACCUUGACCUGACCACACAGGUUGAGUCGAGUAGGCUGGAGUGGUUCACACCAGUCAUAGCUGACUCGGCGUAUUUCCCGUGCAGGCUGGAGUGGUUCACAUCAGUCUUAAGUAGUAUAGAGUGAUCGUUUUUAGACACCAUAAAAAUUCAAAUGAGGAAUGAGCAAAAAACAAAGAAAGAAAUCAAAGUUGGUCAGGAAAAAUCAAUAUAAUUGCUUGUCAGUUCAAUAUGAACUGGUUCUAAUUGUAACGGGGACCGUUACAUAUGUUUCCCAAACCUCCCUUAAUUAAAAAGUGAUGUCAUGGUAAACCUAUAGCAAAAAUCAGUGUAUUUUAGCCUUUCAUUACACGUAGUGCGUUUAACAUGGUCAUUUCAGUAUCAAGAAAUGCAAAAAAGUAUUUAUAUGAUAGUGUGAGAUAGCUACAUACAUAUUCCUGAGAUGCUAAGACAAAUUAAAAAAAUAAGCUUACCAGUAAGUUUAGUAACAUAUGAAUAAAAUCCAAAAUAAUAAACACAGAUUGUAGUUUUUAAGUCACCAAUAUCUUAACAUCCCGAGUUGAUUUUUGUGGUCAUCUCUCAUGUAGCAUCGUAUCACAUUUUUCAAUUCCGGAAGACUUUCUUCGAUGUCGUGCAUGCAUCUCUUAAGGUAACUCCAUACUCGCAGUUUUAUCUGAUACAAGUUUAAAAAGUGUAUUUAUUUCCAUUCCUUAGAGUUAAAACUAACAAAUUAUUCAAUAAAAUACAUAGGUCAUCCCACUUUUUAAGAUGUGAGACGUACAUAAACAGAAUCAUAUAUCACCGUCAGAAAAUUGCAAUUUUUCUUAAACAGCGUUAUAAAGAUUCCAUACAAACUGGUUAUGACGAUAUAAUAGCAUUCAUAACAAUUUCAUGAAACUGUAUCUUCACAAAAAUAUACAAACUGUCUGUUAAAAAUAAAGGAAAUUUAUCACAUAAUACACUUGAUGAAGAAAUCAAUCGAAACAGUUACUGUCCUUGGAUUCAAUAUUUUGUAACGUAUCAUUGAAUAUUCAUGUAUAACCUAGACUUUUGAAAUAGUUUAUUUCUAACAAGAUUUUGUACAAUAACUAUAUAGACUUUUGAAAUAGUUUAUUUCUAACAAGAUUUUGUACAAUAACUAUAGGAAAAGACUCAAACAAAAUUAAUGUUCCUAUCAUACAUAAAUAUAAAUUAAUCACUGACAUUGCAUAAUCUGAUGACAUCACAGGAAGGUGGAAUUACUUUAAUGCCUUAUGUUCUGUUGGCCUCAGACAAAGUCCUUUAUUUGUUGGGACGGGACUACUUCAGUUUGAUUGGGAGGCAUCCAGUAUUGUCUAACAUAUACACAAGGGUUGUCUUUUGUCACUUUGAAGACGACAUUGGCACCCACGUGAAACGAGUCGUCCUUUCUGGCUCUGCAUGACACAUUUCCGUCGUCUUGAGUAAAAACAGGAGACACGCUCGAUUCCAUCCCAGUCGUUAGAUUUUUUAACUGCAUCAAGCUCAAAUUCGCUCCUUUCUUUGUGGGCUUUUCCUUUUCCCAUUCUCUGAUGUCUGCUUUUAAUUCACCUUUCCAUUCAUUAAUUUGCACAGCACGUCCAUUUCUUAGACUCAAUUUGCAGCGAGACAUUGUGGUAGAGAGACUGAAGAAUGAUUAUUUGGUGUUUGAAUAUAUUUUGUUAACCUGUUUCGUGAAUACAUUAUUCAUGGAGAGGUGUGGUUAUACUCCAGCUGAUUGGGUAUUGAUAACACUGAUCAAUGGUUUCCUAGGAACCACGAUUAAGACACGUUUGUGGUAUUUUCUAGAAAAUUCUUGUAUGAACUUGUAAUAAAUGUCCCAU